UUGUGUAUUUUGUUGCUGUCAGACAAAUGGGGGUAUGAGGAGAGGGUCAGUCAUGGCUGCUUCCUUGGUACGGUGGCUAAAGAGAUUGCACUUUUUCUUGUUGAUAUGUCCCCUCUGUGUUCCAGCCUUCUUGAAUUUAGAGGAGCUGAAUGAAAUGAAAUAUGGGAUUCAAAUUCUUCCCGAUCCCGUCAUCCUGGGUCAGACCAAAACAGAGGAGGUUAUGAUGGUGUCCAGUAAGUAUAAACAGCUGUAUGAGUGUCGACUUCCAGCCCAGGCUGUCCGGUUUCAUCAAGAUCCUGCCUCUGAGCCUGAUUCAGAAGGGUACACUGGGCCUGACAUCCCAGACCUACUAAGUCCAAUGCAAAAUGCCCAGUGUCUGGUGAAGACGAAGGACUGGUGGACAUAUGAGUUCUGCCAUGGUCAGUAUAUCAGACAGUACCACCUUGAAGAUACAGAAAUCAAAGGGGACAUUCUCUUCCUAGGUUAUUAUGAAUCUGAAUUUGAUUGGAGCAAUGAAACAGCAAAGGCCUCCAAGCAGCACAGACUGAAGCGCUACCACAGUCAGACUUAUGUAAAUGGCUCUAAGUGUGACCUCAAUGGAAAUCCUAGAGAGACUGAAGUCCGGUUUGUGUGUGAAGAGGGCUCAGGUGACUACAUUGCCCGAGUGGAUGAGCCUCAGUCUUGCCGCUAUGUGCUGACAGUUCACACCAGUCGUACCUGCCAGCAUCCUUUCCUGCGGCCACCUUCCACCGCCAAGCCCCAGGGUAUUGUGUGCCAGCCAGCGCUAAGUGCCCAACAGUACAUGGAUUACGUCAAAGCUCAAGUCUCUGACACAAAGCGUAAAGUAGAGCAGAUCUCAGAGGAGCUGAGGAGUCUUGAUGAGAUGUUAGCUGGCAAUGAAGGGACAGAUGGAGCGUCGGAAGUGACAGAAGAUGAGACAUCACCUGCAGCCAGUGAUGAUGAUCCAAACCAGUUGGACAAAAAAGAUACUGCUGAUGUAUUUGAGGAUGCCAGCACAGAGGAGACAGAAGAUUCUGACUUCUGGGAGGGAGUUACAAAACCAGGGAGUUCACAAACAGAUUCUUCGGCUUCUCAGCAGGAGAAUCAGGCGGGAGAUGAUGCCUAUAACUCAGUUACAGACAAUGAAAUCAUAGAGGAUGGUGAUGAAGUGGAAAAAUUCAACUUUAAAAUCAUCACUGACCCAGCAGACCUGAUGAAAUUUGUCCAACACCUCAAAGAAAGUAACAGGAAGAAAGCACAGCAACAAUCCAAAACUCAAGGAGAGAAACCAACAGGCAACAGGGUGAAUGAGAAACUCGGUGAGGAAGAGGGUGAUGAAGAUGAACGCCUGCUGCAAGAGUUUGAGGAUGAGAUGUCCGACAUCUCACUGCCCUCAGAUAGGAUUGAAGAUAUAAAGGAAGAAAUGCAGAAAGAGUUUGACAACAUCAUAAAUGAGGCAGAGCAGGAAUUAGAGACAGAAGGACUGAAAGGGGAGUUUGAUCGCACACAAGCAACACAGACUUUGGAGACGACACUGGACAAGCUACUUGACCAUUUGGAGGAGAAAGAUGUCCAGGACCCAGAGCAGCAACCAGCGGGAGUUCAAAGAGCCAGAGACCCAACCAGGGGCAGCCCCAGUCUGGCUCCUAAACAGCCAGACCAAGCGGCUGACGACCAUGUUAAGAUCAAAAUUACUAAGUAUAAGAUGGGCAGCAGCCCUGAUGGGGAGGUCAAAGUUCAGGAGAUGGGCGAAGGAGACCCCCAGUGGCAGCACAUUAAGGACGUGGUUAAAGAACAGCUAGAGAAAGCAGGACUGAAGGCAGAAGGUAAGAUAGAGGUGAAGAUCUUGACGCGGAAAAAUGCAGAGGAGGCGGGUGAUCAGUGGCUCACUGAAGAAGAUACAAAGUCCUUCAGGGAGCUUCUCAUAAACCUCCUGACUGGAGGCACAGAAGAGGUUUACAAAGAGCAAAAGAGGCAGCAAGAGUUGGAGAACAACUAUAGGUUUGUGUGGGGAGAGUCCCAGGAGGAAUCUCAGUCAUCCAGCACCUCUGACUCAGAUGACAUGGACAUAUGAGCUCAUAGAGUACAUUGAACGCACCUUUUGUGACAAUGAACUCCUGUGGAGACCAACACAUUCAGAAAAUGUGUCUGUCUGUCUUGAAUAGGCAAUAUGUGUCUUUUGUAGGCAUCAGUUACAGUAUAUGUUGCAUGACACCACAACAUCUCAGCUGCACUUGUGCAGCUGAAUGACGUUAUGCAUUUUCCCCUUUUUGGAUGGGAUUCAGUUUUGACAGAAGGCUGGAAAAGCUGAGUGAUGUACAAUAUUUACCUUUUAAGACAAUUUUCAGUAAAUUUCACUGAAUAUUUGCAUCUGAGGAAGCACACUGUGUCCACAGUUACAUUACUACUCACUUGUACGUUUGGCUCAUACAAACAGUACGUACGUUUGGCUCAUACAAAGAAGUCCCUAGCUUCAAGUGACACGGCUGGAGGUAAUUGUGCAUAGCUCAGCCAGCUGUAUGAGCGUUUGGGCAGGCUGAUCAAUUUGCCAUUUACUGAAAAGUACAGUUGUGUCUGGAUAUGAAAAAUGGACAAUGGUUCACAUUUGAGUUCCCAUUUGUCUUUGAAAGGCUCUGAUAACACUGUUUGAUUUGUCAGUAAACACAACUGUAGGUUACAGAAGUGUUUGUACACAUGCUGUGGCACUUUAUAUUUCUGAAAAAGGAUUUGUAAACUCAUAAUUUUAACACCAUUUCACAAAAUUUUGAGUUUGCCCUACCUUGGGUUGUUCUGUGCAAAAGAAAAACUUAAAGGAAUGUAGGAAGAUAAGUCUUUUAAGUGUGUACUUUGUUUACCUUAAUUUAGCAAAGGAAAAUAAAAAAGGCUACAAGGUCAAUCAGAUUCACUAUACCAAAAAACCCACACUGAACCACACAAAACUUUUCUAAUGAUCCCUCAGAAGCGUAAUUAAAAGGGCUGAAUUUUGUACAGUUUGUGAAUAAUUGUGGCUAUUUGGAACUCAUUGUGUACAUAAUUAUUGCGUAAAUAUAUUUUUGAAUUGAUUUGUUGUAAAUUAGCACAAAGUAGGUGAGUUACCUGAGUAAAUGUGCUGAGAUUUGUGACUGUAAUCUUAUAUAUGAAACUCAAUUUCACUGUUGAACUGAGUCAGAUGCAAACUAUUUCAGACACACAUCACAUUUGAAGCAUUUGUUCCCUAAGAAGCCAGUGUCCAGAGGCCCAGGUUCAGACAAGUAUGAGCAGAAAAAAAGUCUUGGGCAUAGUGGGUAUGUUUAUUUACUUAGCCAAUCCUGUAUCACAAAGCUGACUUGUUCACCUAGAUAGAAAACACCUGUCACAGAUACUAACAGAGCGUGUUCACAUUCUGAUACUGGUUUUCUAGGAUCCCUCAUGCUAGACUCAGUGGUAACAAGUAAAGUGAAGAGUCAGUCUGUAAUUACGGGCCCAGCUUCAUCAUGCACCCUGAGGAGAAAGAUUUCUACUGUUUUAAAACCUUCGACCUGUACCAUAACACUCAUGUUUCUCUGCAUUAGUCAUUUUGAGCCUCACACUUCAGCUGCACGCAUUAUUUGUAAAACAUGACAACUUAAAGUAGAGAUAGAAAAGAGAAGAUACGAGGAGAAGGUUUAGUACUGAGUUCUUGAGUGGAGCUAUAUUACUAAAUAAAAAAUACCAUAUUGGCUUCAUAGUCUAACAAAGGUCCGUUUAUGCUGCCUUGUAAAUAUAAGUCUUUGAGCACUGUUUGUUCUUUUGAAAUAAAAAUAUUACCAUAAGAGUGAUUCAGCCAA